AUGCGCCGCUCAAAAAUCAAUGUGCUCGUCUCUACAUUUGGUGGACUCGGGGUUCCACCUACCCUUAAUAUACCCGUUUCGGCCUCGACGACUGUGUCCCAGCUUCGAGAUGAGCUCAACGAAAAACUCCCUAUAACGAACACAAGGCUCAUCCUUUCGACGCUCUGCAAUAUCCAGCUACCUCAAAAAUCGCAGACUUCCUUGGCGAAAUAUCUACCCGCCAGUGAUGAUGAUUUUCUAUCCCUGCGGCUUUCCAUCCCCGUGUGCGGUGGCAAGGGCGGGUUCGGAUCACAAUUGCGGGCAGCUGGUGGCCGCAUGUCGUCACGGAAGAAGAAGAACCAAGAUGACCAUGCUUCCAGCCGCAAUCUAGACGGCCGAAGGUUGCGCACGGUGACUGAGGCAAAAGCCCUGGCAGAAUACCUUGCAAUAAAACCCGAUAUGGAAAAAAAGGAAAAAGACAGACGACGACAAAGAUGGGAGCAGAUUGUUCAAGUGUCUGAAACAAAAGAAGCCGAAAUAAGGGAUGGUACUAAAGGCCGACUUGACGGUAAAUGGGUUGAAGAUAAAGAGGAAGCCAACGAGAAGACACGAGAGGCGGUAUUGGCCGUCAUGAAGUCCGGGCACUACACCGACAAUCUCACCAGCACAUCCCACGGUUCUGCAUCCAGCAGUCAGAGCAAAAACCCCUCUGGUACUGAUAACGGCGAAUCCAGCUCGAAUGCAAGCUCUAAGGAGUCCUCGCCUCGAACGAGAAUGGAGGACGUGGGCAAGAGUAGGACGAGAACAUUCUUCGGGUUCGAUGAAGAUGAUGAGUUUAUGAGCUCGGAAGAUGAACAAGGCUGA